UCUCCAUCUCAUUCGGAGCCAUUGAAGCAUUUCUUGUUUUCUGGCUGCACGAGAUUCAAGAAACAUGACGACAAAUCGUCCACACGUGCCCAAAUUCGGAGACUGGAAGGAAGAUUCUCCAUUCACGAUCGUGUUCGAAAAAGCGAGCAGGAGCAAGAAAGAUACAAACAUCUCUAACCCCAAUGAGUAUCCAGAGAUGAAUCCAAGCGCUGCACAAAACCGAAAUCAUAGGCACGACCAACCACCAAACCAAAGUGUAAGACCAAGACACGAAAGAUUCAGUAGCAGAGAAGAAACCGAGUUCAGAUCAUCGCCGGCACACAAUGAAAGAAACAUCAGAGUCAGAGCUCCUCCCACAGCAGAAGCGUACAACUAUCAUCAAUCAUAUGGAGGUAGAUCUCUCGGAAAUCCAUCGGAAACACAUAGACGGCAACCACAUGAUCCUCCACCUAGGCCAAUUCGUAAUCUUAGAGGCCCGAGUAGUGAAAGGGUCGCAACUAUUCCUCCGUUCCCUGGAUCGGGAUCGUCGGAGAAUCAGAGUUACACACUUAUCUUUGACAAAGUGAAGGAAGAAAGGAAACAAAGUGGGACUGUGUUGUCUUACAAUGGAACCGCUCAUAGCACCCCGACUCGACCCAUCAACGAACAACACCAUCAACCGCUACCUUCGAGUCCCAAGGGUUGCUGCUUUCCUCCAUGGAGUCGAAAGGGAAGCUACUGAAGACGAUGACCCUUUCCUUCUCUUUUAUUUGCUUCUGCGUGAUUUUCUUUCUAUUUUUCCUAUACGUGGAGACUAAAGCAGUGGUUUUUGCUGAAAAUGCUGCAACUUUUGCUACUCUUGUAUUUUUUAUUCGUAAAAAAUUAUAUAUUAUAGUGUGAGGUAUUUUCGAUAUAGAAAAA